UAAGCAGAGACGGUAGUCGUAAGUCAGACAUCUGAUCAUUUCUCAUUGACCAUUGAUGCUCUCACGUUUGACGCAACUCACUCGCCAGCUCACGAACAGCACAGCAACAGCGAAGUACACCAUGUCGACCAGUUCUCUUCCUCCGUCGUGGCAUUCGGGUCCCGAGGACUCGUUCCAUGGCAAGAUUACUGCCGAUGGCCCCUUCCAGCCCGAGAAAGACCGCUACCACCUCUACAUCGGCCUCUUCUGCCCAUUCGCACACCGCGCCAACCUGGUCGUCCAUCUCAAGCAGCUUCAGCAUUACGCUGGCAUCGAGACAAGCAUUGUUCGGCCUUAUCCAAAGGGCAAUGACCAGGGGUGGCCGGGCUGGAGGUUCAACACUAGCGAUGCGGAAGACAAUUACGAAGGCGCAACUGAGGACAAGCUGUUUGGCAGCAAGUUCAUGCACGAGGUCUACUUUAAAGCUGAGAAAGAAUACAAGGGCAGAUACAGCGUACCAGUGCUCUGGGAUAAGAAGCUCAAAACCAUCGUCAAUAAUGAGUCUCAUGAACUGCUCCGUGACCUGCAAACCGCAUUCAACCCACUUCUUCCACCAGAGCUCGCCAACAUUACCCUCUAUCCCGAGCACCUACGCUCCAAAAUCGAUGCGCUCGCGCCCAUCCUCCAGCGCGAUUUGAACACGGGUGUAUACAAAGCCGGCUUUGCGCCCGACCAGCAGACGUACGAGAAGAAUCUCCCACCCGUCUUUGCGGUCCUCAACCUCCUCGAGACACUCGCGGCGUCGAAUGAUGGGCCGCACAUCCUUGGUCGCGAGUUGACCGAAGUCGACAUACGCGUCUUUUGCACCUUAAUCAGAUUCGACGUGGCCUACGUCCAGCAUUUCAAAACCAAUCUGUCCAUGAUACGAUAUGGGUAUCCGACGCUACACAAUUGGUUGAAGGGCUUGUAUUGGAACAACAAAGCAUUCGCAGAGACGACCGACUUCAGGCAUAUCAAGGAGAACUAUACCAAGAGUCAUGCUGGAAUCAAUCCUCGCGCCAUCACACCAGUCGGGCCAUGGCCGCACAUUGAUAGAGGAUAUGAGGACGAUUGGAGCGGUGUUCGUGUCGGCGAAGUAGAUCAUCCCGAUGUUAAAGGGUACGAAAAGAAAUUGGAAGAGGAGUUGAAGAGCGCCGUGCCAGAUAGCGCUCAUGGAGGCUUUUCUUUGGACAAUUUCAAAUGA